GAGUGAUUGUGGUCUUAUUUUCCGCGAAAGCAAGAGAAGUUGGGUUUCUUUUCUUUUAUUGUGGUCUUAUUUUAUCUGAAUUUCAAAACUUUGGCUUUCAAUUGAUAUGGGUUUCGAAUUUUUGGGUGUUUUCUUUGUGCUGGAAUAGUGAUGGUUGUUUUGUUUUUAUUCUUUAGGUUGUGUGCAAAAGACAAUUUCAACCUUAUUCAUCACAAUCAAUCUCAGCAAAAGCUUGUUCCGAAGUUCAGGCUCUGUUACUAAUCUGGUAAAACAAGAUGAUGAUAAUGGGUGUGUAGCUUUGGUGGUGGGAGUACUAGGUAAUUGAACUUUCAAUCCAUCUCUGAAAUGGCUGUUGGUUGUAUAUUGGGAGCUAGCUAGGUGCCUGCUACUUUGAGAACAACAGAACACUGUCCUGUUUGCAGCGUCAACAACACCAUCAAGUCUCAUCUGGAUAAUGGGCCCAACAAAAUCUGCCUCAAUACCGAAGAAGUCAAAGGAUAAGGGAGUGAAGCGGAAGAAAACUAAGUCAUCAAAAAAGUCACAUUCGACAUCAACUGAUGCAUCCAUUUCUGAUAAAAAUGGGAAAUCUAAUAGGAAGGAUGAAGAGACCGGAGGUCUGAAGCUACUUAAGCGGCAUUGUGUGACAAUGUCACGUAUUUCAAGGCGCAAGAGCUUGAGGCAGAAGAAAGUGGUUCUCUUCAACGUAAAAGGGACUCCAUGCGGGAAGGUAGCAAAGGAAAUGCAAUCAUAUAUUGGUGUCUUAGCUCGUAGAAAGAUACCAAUCAUAAGGACUACUUGGAGAACUAUCAAGAACCAUAUUGGAUGUGUCACAGCUGAGGAGAAAGAGAAAAUCUGGUUACGUGUGUAGGUAUACAUUUGUCUAUUCAUGAAGUUAUUAGUAGCAGAUCAUAUUCCUGUAACUUUUACCUUCUGACAUCAAAGUUUCUGCCGUAUAUUAUGAAUGAUAAUACAAUUUGGCCCUUUUGUUUGUUUUCCUAUCACUUACAAGAACUGUGUUUCUAUACACAGGGAGCAUUUGAGAUUGGUCCUGAAAAAAGGAAAAUCGUAUUGGAAUCAGCUGCAUCAAAAUGGAGGGAAUUCAAGUCCCGGCUCACAAGGCAUUACAUUAUGCCUUACUUGGAUGACCCUGAAUCCUUAAAGUUUCCUCCGGAUGAUUAUAGAUUCAUCAAUAAAGAUCAUUGGACCCAAUUUGUGGCUGAACGGACAAACCCACAAUUUAUUGAAGUGCGUAGGUUGGCACAAGCUAGGCGUGCGAAGAAUAAGUAUCCCCACCGAAUGUCCCGUAAGGGAUAUGCUGGGUUGGAGGAAGAGCUGUCUACAACAAUGGAGGAGGAUGAAAUUGAUAGAGCGACACUAUGGAUCGCUGGACGACAGACCAAGCAGGGAACCUUCAAGGAUGAAGGGACGAAGCAGUGCGCUGAAAAAAUUAGGGACUUGAAGGAGAAGGUUGCUAGUGGAGAAUUAAGCACUAGUGGAAGUAAUGAUGUGUUAACCUUGGCUUUGGGCACUCCUGAGCAUGGUGGUAGAGUGCGAGGGGUGGGAGCUUAUGUGAAUCCCUCAUCUUAUUUUCACAACCCUAAACGUAGAAGGGAGAGCAUCCAAGAGACUAUUCGAAUCAGUGUGCAAAAAUACUAGAAGAACAAAAAGAUAAGAUCAUUGAAGAGGCCAAGCAACAAGCAAUUAAAGAAGAGAGGGCAUUUUGGGUUCAUAAGCUUGCACAGCUGGAAGCAAAGGUAGACGCAAGGGAGGUUGGGAAAGUAGCUAGUUCUCCAGCAGUGCUAGAGAAAUACAUUCUGCAUGGAUCUGGGCAAGGCAGUUGUUCACAAACUGCAGGUCCAACAUGUGAUGAAGAUCGAUAUGCUCAAGUGCAAGACGAGGUAGUGAAUGUUGUGGAUGGGAAAGCAAUUCAGAAAGCUUUGGUUGUAAUUGAGGAGAAAGCAAUGGAAUGUAAAAACAAAGUUUCAAAGAGGAAGGAGUGUGAUGGAAAAUUUGUUUUCAACUCCAAUAAAAAGGAUGAGCUAAGCAAGUUGAGUGAGCAUGAAAAGAAACAAGUGGCUGACCAUGGAGUUGAGGGACAAUUAGCUGGACAGAAAGUGGUAGUUACUUAAAACAGAUAUCUAUAUUAUUGCAAUGUAGUAUAGUUUUUAUUGAUUGUGGACUACACACACACACACAGUAUAUAGAAAUCUGUAUUUGAAGAUAAAAUUCCAGCUUUUUUGUGUGUUUCACACACACACACACAGUAUAUAGAAAUCUGUAUUUGAAGAUAAAAUUCCAGCUUUUUUGUGUGUUUGGUACGCCUGAAUUAAGCGCACAAAAUUACCCUGCAAAAGACAAUUGUUAGUAUAGGAUAAGCAGGGAUCGUUCAGUCCGGGGAUUGAGGGUACUUUCACAAAUUGCACUAAUUGAACAAAACUAUCAAAAACUAAAGAAAGAA